AUGAUGGUUCCUUGUAUAUUGAACAAACUGACUUUAAAGAAAUUUGAUCUACUCAAGGGGCAACUGCUGGAUACUCGAAUUACUACAGCUGAUAUCUUGAAGGAUGUUACGUCUCUCAUUUUUAGGAAGGCUGUUUCUGAGCCCACCUUCUGUUCCAUGUAUGCUCAACUUUGUUAUGAAGUCCAUGACUACCUCCCGUCACUCCCUGCUGAAGAACCAGGAGGAAGAAAUAUUAUAUUCAGACGUCUGCUGUUGAACAAUUGUCAGGAAGUUUUUGAAGAUCGUGAUAGCCUAAGGGUUGAGAUUGCAAGACUGACUCGCCCUGACCAAGUGAUGGAAAGAGGGGAUGACGGCAUGAUUUUGAAACUUACAACAUUUGGAAAUAUUCGUCUAAUUGGUGAGCUAAUGAAGGCAAGGAUGGUUCCUGAGAAGAUAGUUCAUCACAUUAUCAAGGAAUUACUGGGGUCUGAUAAAAAGGCUUGCCCUGACGAGCAACACAUCGAAGCCCUCUAUCAGUUCUUCAAUACGGUAGGGGAUGUUUCUUGUGACAUUUGGCAUUGGCAAGAUGCGUACACGAACUAUUUGUCAAACCUCGGCUACAUAAGAGCGGAGAUGGAGAAGUUGGAGUCAGAGAUGAAGAGGAUUGCACUUGAGGCACAACAGAAGCAAACCUGUAAGCUAAGCGAUGAAGACAUGAAGAUCACAAGGAUGACUAUGUUGCUCACUGCUUUGUUACAAGAUAACAAGGAUUGCAAGAAUGAGAUACUUAAGGUGUUGAAGCUGACAGUGACAAUUCUAUUUGCAAUUCUGUGUGAUGAAGUGAACACUGAAUCGUUUUAA